GCUUUCCGCAGUGUUGUGCAGGCUGUGACGCGGAGUGGGUUUCGCCAUGCGGGAUCUGGCCACAAAAAUGGCCGAAUUAAAAUUUGAAGCACCGCUGGCCCAAUUCGAAGAAUCCGAUGAAUGGGGUUCGACAGAGUUCCAAAACGCGACCAUAAAAAAUGAGAACGAACUCAACAACAUCAACCUCAAUAAAAAAAUCAAAGACAUCAACGACGUCCUAAACGACUUCAACGAGGACAUCCUCAACAAUUCAAACGCGGAUUUGGCGCCAAAAAACGUCAUUUUGAAGACGGGCGAAACGGCGUCCGUGGCCGAUAACUUCACCGAGACCUUUUCGGGCUCGCUGGAGGACCUGGUUAACACGUUCGACGAGAAAAUUACCAAGUGCUUUGGCAACUACGAGGAGUCGGUGGAGAAGCUGGCCCCCGUGCAAGUCAGGACCCAGGAGGAGAUCAUGAACGAAUGCCAAAUGUGGUGGACCAUAACGGGAAAUUUUGGAAACAUCCUACCAAUCGAUUGGUCGAAAUCGUACGCUAGGAAACUACACAUGCCAGCUUUAAACUUAAAUGAAAAGGAAGUUUCAACACCCGACGACGACUUAGAACUAAGUUCAGAAGACGAAGCGGUGGCUAGUGAUUUAGACAUGCACGCUCUCAUCUUAGGUGGUUUACACCAAGAUGCGGAGCCGUUAAAAACCGCUGACGAAGUUAUCCAAGAGAUCGACGACAUGAUGCAGGAAGAAACUUGUUCAUUAGACGGCUCGCCCGGAUCUCGAGACUCUCUAAUUGAAACGAAUGAAACUCUUGAAAAAGCGAAAGAAGUUUUAAGUUCACCUCUCUAUGAAGACAAACUGCGGGAUCUUAGUCUGUCGCAGCUAAAUGAAUUAUUUCUGGAACUGGAAGUUCUAAUUAGGGAAUUUUCUGAAACUCUUAUUUCGGAAUUAGCCCUUAGGGACGAACUGGAAUAUGAGAAGGAGUUGAAGAAUACUUUUAUUUCUUUACUUCUUGCCGUGCAAAAUAAACGUAGACAAUACCAUGUUGAGAAGAAGCGUAGUUUAAAAAAUGCGUCCAAAGCACCUAGUGGACUCGACCCUAAAUAUUUAACCACCGUCAUUCCGUACCACUUAGAUAGCGGACCGCCAGAUAAUCAAACUUUGCAAGUACUGAUUAAAAUUUUAAAAGCCAUAAAUGAAGACAGCCCCACUGUCCCUACUCUCUUAACGGAUUAUAUCUUGAAAGUUAUAUGUCCGACGUAAAGUAAUAGUCUUGGAGAAGCACACGGAAGAGAAACAACUAAAAACCUAGCUUAAAUAUAUUUAGUAUAGGCUUAAGAUAGCACAGAUUUAAGUUGCAAUAUUAAUUUAUUUUAUGGUUGUUAAUAUUGUUCCUCUGUAUAUUUUUUUAUGAUUAAUUUUUAAGUGAUGUGUAUAUAUUUUGCUUGAACAUUCUAGUCUAAUAAUUAUGUAAUUGUAAAGUGACAAGUUGAAUGUGAAAAUAUUAAUCAUAAGUAUUAUAUGCACAUCUCUGCUAUCAAUUUCGUGCAAUACGCACUCGUUUUUGUUCAAACUGAUAUUUUUUGUACAAAGUGAUAUUAGUUUCUAUGAAAGAUAUGAUAUUUAUUGCUGUUUUAAACGUUCUUGCCAAAUUUGCGUUUGUGGAAAUGUUUUUGCUGACCGAGAAAUAACAUAAUUAUAAGAACAAAUUAGAUGAAUUCAACAUUUAAUGUCUUGAAUGUUACCUGUUUCAAUCAGCCAGCCAUUGAUUAUAUUGUAGAUCUCAAAUAAAUCUUUCUCUCAAUCCAAAGAACACUUUAUUUUAGCCAAAUGUUUAACUACACCUUGUCAAGUGAAAAUUUCAAACAUAUUUUUGUAGGAAUAAUUAGGAUGUAGAUGUAAGAAUGAAGGCUUCUUGCAGUUAGUAGAUACCGAAUAAUGCAUGUGAGUCAACAGUUUUAUUGCAAAUUGGCAGAAACUUUUUUCACAGAUAUGAUUUGUAUGUUGAUACAUUUAUGGCUGUUCUUUAUUUCGACCAAACUGUGAACUAAAUUAAUUUGUACAUGUCUACACACAUGUCCAGUUACUAAAUAAACCUUUAUUGGAAAUAAAA